AUGGGUAAAUCAUCUAAAGAUAAACGCGACUUGUACUACCGCAAAGCCAAAGAAGAAGGUUGGCGCGCACGGUCUGCGUUUAAACUUUUACAACUCGACUCCCAGUUCCAUCUUUUAAACCCAGGUGCCACCUCUGCCUCCGACACUACUGCCGCCGCAUCUUCGUCUCACCAGCAGGCCCUCACGCGGGUCGUGGACCUGUGCGCGGCUCCGGGAAGUUGGUCACAAGUUCUUUCUCAGCGGAUGCGUGAAGAGCAUGCUGCUGCAGUUGCCGAAUACUCUCGAGUCAAAGAUUCUUCAUCAUCUUCACAAGUACACAUUAAAGCACCUCAAGAACCCAAGAUUGUGGCAGUAGAUUUGCAACCCAUGGCACCAAUCGAGGGGGUAACUACUAUGCAGGCUGAUAUUACUCACCCACGAACAAUUGCAGCGAUUCUUGCACACUUUGACGGUGAGCCUGCGGAUCUUGUGGUUUCAGACGGCGCUCCUGAUGUUACAGGGCUUCAUGAUCUUGACGAGUAUAUUCAGGCUCAACUGAUCCACUCGGCGCUACAAGUUGCUGCAGCAGUUCUGCGGCCCGUGGACGAGGCUCCUGCAAAUGGUGGUCCCGUGGAUGCACGUUCAGGUGGCGCGUUUGUGGCCAAGAUUUUCCGUGGAAGAGAUAUUGAUUUACUGUAUGAUCAAAUGGGUCGUAUGUUUGUUCAUGUAGCAUGUGCAAAACCAAGAUCGAGUAGAGCAUCAUCUCUGGAAGCAUUUAUAGUUGGGCUUGGUUAUCGUGGAGGUCAGCCUGAGGCUUUACAGAAGCAGCAAUUGGAUAGUAUUAGUAGUAGUGGCAGUAGUGGUGGUGUUCAAAACUUGUCUACACAAAAGUUUACGGAAUCCGUUCUUAAGGGAGUCCCAAGUCUUAGCGUCGGCGACUCGCUUCCAUUAGAUGAUGUGUUUGGAUCAAGAGCAAAUGCACAGUUUAUAGCGUGCGGCGAUCUUAGUGCCUACGAUUCGGACGCAACAUACACCCUGGCACCCGAGGAACUGGCGCGGCUGUCGCUGGAUCCAGUGCAGGCCCCCACCGCACCGCCUUAUAAGCGAGCACUGGAGCUUAAGCGGGCAGGGCUUUUGACCAAAACUAGUUGA